AUGGCCACUUCCCCGGAACAUUUUAGAAGGAAUUCUCAGUCCUUUAAGGAGGAGUCCCGCCCAGCCCACACACCCCUAGUCUACUACUUACCUGGGCUUGCAGGUCUGCGUGCAGGGGAGAGUCUCCCUCCAGCUCCUCGUUCCCUGAGAGUUCCACUUCUGGAGUCUCUGCCCUGCCACCCCGCAGGCUUCCCCGCUGCCCGGCCACAAACCCGAAUACCCCCCCAGCCCCUGAGAGCUUGCUUGUACACCAUGCCCAGGCCUGUCCUGGCUGUCUUCCUGCUGGCUGUGGCUGCCCUGCCCUUAGGUGGUUCCCUGAGAUGCUUCUCCUGUCCCAAGGCCACAGCCCUGUCUCUCUGCAUUGAUGUAGCCAACUGUUCAGCCGCAGAAGGAUGGUGUCAAACCAUACUGUUGUCUGUGCAAUCUGGUUACCCCUUCAUGCAGAACAAGACAGUCCAGCGAGGAUGUGUGGCCUCCUGUGUCCCCACAGAUCCUGAUGCCAUCGGAGAAUCUCAGCCCAUACUCUGUUGCAACACUGACCUCUGUGUUGACAAUGGUGCCUUGGUACCCCAAGGGUCUGGCCUCAUCCUGACUGUAUUCCUGUGUGCCCUGCUCAGUGCUGGCUGA